AUGCUGCCCCUGCUGCUUCUGUCCCUGCUGUGGGGGGGGUCCCUGCAGGAGAAGCAAGGGUACAAGUUGCAAUUGAAGGAGUGGGUGACGGUGCAGGAGGGCCUGUGCGUCCUCGUGCCCUGCUCCUUCUCCUACCCCGGGAAGCCGUGGUAUUCCCCUCACCAACUCUAUAUCUACUGGUUCCGGCAAGAGGACCACAUAUACUAUGACAAUCCUGUGGCCACCAACAACCCAAACAAAGCAGUGAAGACAGACACCCAGGGACGAUUCCACCUCCUGGGGAACAUCAGGACCAAAAACUGCUCCCUGAGCAUCCAAGAUGCCAGGAUGGAGGACACCGGAUACUACUUCUUAUUAGUAGAGACAGAACAGAGUGGAAUAUAUAAAUAUGAAGACAAGAGGCUGAGUUUACAGGUGACAGCUCUGACGGAGAAACCCAACAUCCACUUCCUGGAGCCUCUGGUGUCCGGCCACCCCGUGAACGUGAGUUGCAGCCUGCCAGAUUCCUGUGAAGGGGGACGACCUCUCAUAUUCUCCUGGAAGGGAGAAGCCCUUACUUCUCUGGGCCCCAAGAUCCUCUGCUCCUCUGUACUCACCUUCACUCUGAGACCCCAGGACCAUGGCACCAGUGUUACCUGUCAGGUGAAACGCCAAGGAGCUCAGGUGACCACAGAGAGAACAGUUCAGCUGAAUGUCUCCUAUGCUCCAUAGGACCUCACCAUUAGCAUCUUCAGAAAUGGCACAGGCCUGAACAUCUGGAACAAUGGCGUGUCACUGCCUGUCCUGGAGGGCCAGUUCCUGCGCCUGGUCUGUGUGGCCAACAGCAACCCCCCUGCCUUGCUGAGCUGGUCUCGGGGAGGAAAAGCUUUGAAUCCCUCUCAGUCUUCAGCAUCUGGGGUCCUGGAACUGCCCUAUGUAGGAGCUGAAGAUGGAGGCGAAUUCACUUGCUGGGCUCAGAACCCACUGGGCUCCCAGCACGUCUCCUUCAGUGUCUCUGUGCAGCGAAGCCCCGCUUGCUGCAGAUGUGCAACUGAGAAACAGGAGGGCUCCUGGCCCCUCAUUGUCACCCUGAUCAGGGGGGCCCUCAUGGGGGCUGGCUUUCUUCUCACCUAUGGUCUGACCUGGAUCUACUACACCAGGUGUGGAGGCCACCUGGGGAGCAGGGCUGAGAGAUCUGACUGA